AUGUGCAAAUUAUUUCCUGCAAGCUUGGAAGGCGAGGCAAGGAAAUGGUUCUACAACCUCGCACCAGGAACAGUCAACAAUUAUGAGACUCUAGUCAAAGCCUUCCUGGAGACAUAUAUGCACAACAACAGACCUCGGCCCAGGGUCAACAGGUUAUUCACCUUGGCCCGACGGUUCAGAGAACCUCUCAGAUCAUUGACCGAUAGAUUGCGAAAUUUUUGUACAGAGAUUGGGAAAGUACUCGUCGACCAGCAGAUAUUCGGAUUUGAAAACGCACUUGGGAGAUCGAAUCCCAUCUGGGUAGCCAUGUUCACUGAGAAACCACAAAUGUUGAAAGAAAUGAGGAAAAUGCAAGAGCAUUUCAUCGCCCUAGAAGAAAUCCAGGAAGAGUCAAGAGAUAUAGGAGUGCAAGAAGCUAGUUCAGCACCCGAGUCAACGUCGGACGAUACUCAAAUACGGCCCGAGAAGAGACCGAGUCCGCCCGUGCGAGGAAAUGGGAAGAAGGAAUGGAUAGCUAAAGGGAAGAGGCCAAGGAACGAGGCGAGAACGUACACCCCUUUGAAUGCUCCACUAGAAGAAAUAUUCAAAGAAGUCGAAAAAAGGAGUGACAUCAUAUACCCAGCUUCAAGAGGGAUACAGUUCGAAGAGACCAAGGAUCACCCGAAAUAUUGCCAUUAUCAUCAGUAUCGAGGUCACUCUACAAACAACUGUCGAGAAGUGAAAGACAUCGUGCAACACCUUAUCAGAGAUGGUUAUCUGUGA